UUAUCAGCUUUACUCACUGUAGCAAAGAUCAAAGAUAAUCAUUUGUUAUCUGUACAAAUAGAGUUGUAUUUUGGGCUACUUAUAUAACCUCAACGAUUGAAGGUAACGAAUGAAUCUGUAGCAGUAGCUACACCGAGGCACGGAAAACUUUACAACAGUAUUAUGAUGAUGUAUUUGUAUGCAGGUAUCACUUAAAUCUCUUGAAUAUAUCAAGAUAAUUUACGUAGAUCGGACUACAUUUAUUCAAGGAUAAUUCACCUUCUAGCCUCAACAGGGAAAACUUGGAGGUAGAUGAUGUUUUAAGGAAGAUUCUGGUGUUCAUCUUGAACCAAAAUACAACUUACAAUAUAUCCAAUAUCCAUAUCUCUAAACUGGUUUUGUUCAAAACACUCAGCGCAGUUACUUCUUAUUUUCACAAUGGUAGAAACGGGAUACAUGAUAUCAGGGCGUCGUAGAGGGAAACAUAACAUUUUAAUGGAUUUUUCUUGUACUCCAUGUUGAGUUUGUAUCUGUAUUACUCUUUCAGAUGGUAAUCGGAAACAUGAGAAAAUACUUGUGCUGCUAUUUCUAACUAAGAAUCACUUGAGAACUGCUUUGAAAUUCAUGAAAAUAAUCUUAUUUUGAUAAUUGAAGAGCAGUACAUUACUCACAAUUUUUUCUUGAUAUUACUUCAUCAUUAAAAUUCGCAGAAAACAAAUAGAUAACAGGCGAUUGCAUUACAUACCAUUAUCAUUCUGUAUUCUAUCAUUACUGCUAUUACGAUACGAGUAGCAGAGAUAAGUAUGACUUGAAAAUAAUAAUUACAAGAUCUAAUAAUGUCCCAUCUAUUAUGCCCGGCGUAAUUGUGAACAUGAAAAUAAAUUGUAUUAUCCAUGUUGUCAGUCGUUGUAAUGUAGUAUUUGAUGGAUUAUGGUUUUGUCUUUUGUCACAUCACAGAGUUACAUAAACAGUAACGUGAUUAGGCUCUUAUAAAAGCUGCAGGAAAUCUACAGGAAUGCUGCAGGAGAGCUACAGGAGAGCUACAGGAAAGCUGCAAGAAAAGCAUGAAACCACAGCUCGUACAACACACGAUGGGAAGAGAGCAAGGCAGAACAGCGGAAGUUGAAAAUGCAAGGAGAUUCCGCCAGGUGCUGGAGAACCGACAAAGGCUUGCCUCCAGUGCUCCAGUCUGGAUCCUCUGAAACAGAAUGUUUGCCUAAUGAGCAUGUUUUUCACACAUCACUUCUCUAAUAAAAGUUUUUCAGCAGGUAGAACGACCAACGCUACCAACUUGACAGUAGUCAGAGAGCGCGGAUCAGAGGGAAACAGCUGGCUGACGCAACGAAGAGCGAUUGAUUCUGUCGGUUGCUGCAGAGCUGCAGUGGAGUCGGGAUUGGGAUUUGGGAUUGGAACGCGCUCGCGUAAAGAGGAAGUCAGCGAGGCAGAAGUCGGGAAGAGGUCGAUGACCUCUUUACACUGUACGGCAGUAGCAGCCAAUCACACGACGCCGAGCCUGAGCCAAGACCGUCUGGUAUUCUUCCAAGAGCCAUCUUCUUCUCUCGCCAAGCUCACAGUUCACAGCCUCUCUUUGUUCAAUUGAACAGGUACGCACUUAUCUCAAACGAUUCUUCCCUGUUCAGAAGAAGGAGCCGGAUCAGGAAUAAGCUACGAGUGAUCCUAUUUAUAAAGUUGACGAACUGGUCCUACCUGGAAAACUGAACAAAGAUGGAAGCCGUUUCCAGAUGGGUUGCACUGAUCGAUUUGGUUUUUUGCUGCUUUGUAUGCUCCACAGCCGAUCAGGCUACCACUACACUACCAUCUUUUGUUUUUGUUUACCAGUAGCUGUUGCUGUUCGAUCCAGUUCAAUUUUCAAACUUGAUCAGAAUGUUUAUCAUGAACCAAGAAAAUAAAAUUAAUUGUUGUAUAGUUGAGUUGAGCAUGUUAAAGUGUAUUUAUUUAUUUAAAAUGCAAAUGACACUAAUGUAAUAACAUUAGCAGAUUAAAUAAUAAGGUAGUCCUUGUGCUAUUUUUCUUCCAAAUUUAUAGGCGACAAAGUCCAAGAUAAGGUAAGAAUUUCACGUGUACAAUUUUUAUAAAAUGUUAGUCCAAAAUAAACUUGAGAACUUUGAAUCAAGAUGGCUUGAAUUGAAAGAUAAAUUAGAAAUAUUCCACUCGCUUACCACUUGCAACGAAUAAUUUUGAGUUUUUUAAGAAAAUUUGGAAUCAUUGAAGAAACACAAACUUGUGAACACUGAAGUUGAUUAUUAUUUACAGCUUUUGAAAAUUCUCAGUUUUUUAAUUUGUAAGUUUUAUCAUUUCAUAGUUCACUCCUCAACCACAAGCAUUAGCCCAUGUGAGGACAGUGAGUAUGGAAUGUAACAUACAUGCUAAAUUCUAUACACACUGUGUCAGGAGCCUUCUUUAAACUGAUUGUAUAUUUUUGUUAUAUGUUGUUGAGAACGAAGAAGAA